UUUUCAAUUUAAACAGCUGCCGAGAUAAUACUGUUUAUUUUGGUAUUGCCAAAUUUGGAGUGUUUGUCCGCGUAGUCGUCGCAGUAAAUAGUAAUACACUAAUACAGUAAUACAGUCACAGUGCGUAGGAUCUCCAGCAUCCGCUUGGCGAUUCACACCUAUCUAGGCCAAUUUCGUGGUGUAAUUUCCGUCUGCCUGUCCAGUGGUUUCGUUUGUCACAUACGCGAUGGAAGACAUAUUCCAGUGGUGCCGAGAAGGGGUCGCCAUGCAAGUACGGGUCUGGCUCGACGACACCGAACACGACAUGAACCACGGGGAUGAUCAUGGAUUCAGUCCGUUACAUUGGGCCGCUAAAGAGGGCCAUUUGAAGAUCGUUGAGAUGCUUGUGCAAAGAGGUGCCCGUAUAAAUUCCACAAAUCGAGGUGAUGACACGCCUCUGCACUUAGCUGCUGCUCACGGUCAUCAUGAAAUCGUUCACUUGUUGUUGAAAAACCGUGCUGACAUUAAUUUCACAAAUGAACACGGUAACACUCCGUUACACUAUGCUUGCUUCUGGGGCUAUGAAGCAAUUGCCGAAGAACUUAUUGAAAACGGUGCGUUGGCUGCUUUGGCCAACAAAGACGGAGACACUCCAUUAGACAAGGGAAGAGGACCAAUUUUAAAACAUUUGAAAGAUUUGGCCUUACAAUCUGGACAAGAUCUUACUAAAAUCAAUUUCAAAGACCAAAGCUGGUUAGGUUUGAAAACUAGAAGCCGAGAUGCUACAUUAUCACGGCAUAAAGGAAUAAACUUGAGUGAUCUUUACUUGCAUACAAAAAUGGCUACUUCACCCAGUGGAGAAACAUGGCGUGGUCAUUGGCAGAAAAAUGAUAUUGUCGCAAAAGUAUUGGCUGUUCGACAGUGUACUCCUCGAAUUUCCAGAGAUUUCAAUGAAGAAUUUCCAAAACUUAGAAUAUUCUCGCACCCUAAUGUGUUGCCAGUAAUAGGAUGUUGCAACUCCCCUCCUAACUUGGUGGUUAUUAGUCAGUAUAUGCCUUGGGGAUCACUUUAUACUUUAUUACACGAAGGAGCCAGAGUUACAGUGGACACAGCAUUAGCACUUAGACUCGCAGUAGAUGUUUCUAGGGCCAUGGCGUUUUUGCAUAGUCUGGAAAGGAUCAUACCACAGUUUCAUCUUAAUAGUCAUCAUAUUAUGAUUGAUGAGGAUCUUACAGCUAGGAUAAAUAUGGCAGACGCUAAAUUUUCAUUCCAAGAAAAGGCAAGAGUAUAUUACCCUGGAUGGAUGUCUCCUGAGGCUUUACAAAAAAAGCGAAUUGAUACUAAUUCAGAAGCGUGUGACAUGUGGAGCUUUGCUGUUCUUUUAUGGGAAUUAGCUACUAGGGAAGUCCCAUUUUCUCACUUGUCACCAAUGGAAAUAGGGAUGAAGGUGGCUUUGGAUGGUUUAAGAGUAUCAAUUCCAUCUGAUAUUUCACCUCAUCUUACCAAACUGAUUAAAAUAUGUAUGAACGAGGAUCCGGGCAAAAGGCCAACUUUUGACAUGGUGCUUCCAAUUUUGGAUAAAAUGAAAAGAUAAUAAUAUAAAGUAACAAAAUUCUUAAGUGCUAUAGUGGAAGAAGAAAUCUUAACAGAUAGGUGACUAAUUUUUACUCAAAGGAUUUAUUUCAUUACCGAUUAAUAACCGUAUAAAGUGGUUAAAAAUUUAAUCUUUAUAUGAUAUACAUAUUACAUAUUAUAUUUUGUAAUUUUGUUCAAAUGUUCAUAAUUUUAUUUUUAUAAUAAAAUGCUCUUUAUAAAAAAAAAUAACAGUUGAAAUUAAAUAUUAAUAUUUUAUUAAAAAAAUGUAGAUAUUUCAAUGUUAAAGUUUUAUAAUAUAAUUAAUAUUUUUGGACUACUAUAAUAUUCCAGCAUGAGCUUACUGUAUUAUGCAGACUAAUAAAGACUUUUAAGUUCAUUAUUUAAUUAACAUUAGGCAAUAACUAAUUAGUAAUUAUUAAUUUAUUAUUAAAUAUAUUAUAUUGUUUUAAUGAAUAAGAUCUAGUUACAGCACAGUAUUACUGAUUCAGAGUUGAGUGAAUGUGUUUUUUUUCCUACCGAUUACUUGUAUAAUUUAAAUAAAUUUAAUAAUACAGCUAUAAUAUAAUUUUAUAAAUGGUGUAGCACAUAAUGUUUGUAUAAUUUAAUAUUUUAAUAUACACUGUGUGUAUUACACACCCUCUGGGCUUCAUAAGUUUGUGUUUCAAACAAAAUCUGUUAUAAUUGUCAAUUAUAGAUGCAGUAAUAUCAAAACUUUAAUGGAUUAUUGCCUCAAGGUAUAUAUUCUCGUUAAAUGGUUAUAUUCUAUACAUUUAUGCUUAACGUGCUAAUUAUCAUAACUGUAUCAGACAACUUUAAUUAAAAGUUUAUGAUAAUGCCUUCUGUGUAAGUAACUUACACAUUUCUAAAGUUGAGUGGACUGAAUUUUAGUUUCAAUAAAUCUACUCAAAAUAUUUUGUUUGUCCAAUAGCAUGGAGUGAAAAACAUUUAUACAUUACUCGGAUAGAAUACAGGUGGUGUAAUUAGGAAUUAAUAUGAGCUUACAUUUUGUAUACUUAACUGUUUUUUUUAUAAUAACAUAUGAUAGAUUUUAGUUUUGUUAAACUGUAACAAUUUGUGUUAGAUUUAAACAUUUAUUUUUAAAAAUUAAUAUUUUUGUUGAAUACACAUAAUAUAAUAUUAUAUGAUAUAGCCGAUGGCAGUGUUUUUUGUCAAUUAUUGUUAAUGUUAUGCCUUAUGUAUGCGCAAAUUAAUUAUUCCACGAUAGUGAACACAUCGCGUGCCUUAUUAUACAGUUUGUUAAAAUAAAUUAUCAUACUGCUAAUAAUUGUAAAAUGAUAAUAAUAAUAAAAAAAAAUGUAUUACUAAUCGAAA